GGCCGAGCAACACCCGCAUCCAGUUUUGUCCUUGAUAUGCUUCUAAGGAUGUUGGCUUCAUCAAAGUCGAAUCACGUCAUUGUGAUACCUGUCAGAGACGUUCCAAUCAAGAUACAUCCACAACAUGCGACCAACUAGGCUUAUCAUCAUGUCUGACGACUCCGAGUAAAGCAACGUCGAUAGACAGUACCCUUCCCCAAUGACCCUUCCCCAAUGGCCCAACCCCUCAAAGUCCUCAUCUCCGGCUCAGGAAUAGCAGGCAGCGUCUUCGCCACCAACCUCCUCCGCGCCUAUCCCACAGCAGCCAUAACGAUCGUCGAGCGCUCACCAGCCCUCCGCCUCACAGGCGCGGCAGUUGACAUUCGCGGCUCCGCCGUGGACAUCAUCAAAUGGAUGGGCGUCGAAAGCGAAGUGCGCGCGCACACGACGCGCGAAAGCGGGAUGCAAUUGCUGCACGCCAAUGGGAAGCCUAUCGCGACUUUUGGCGCGACGGGACGGUCUGAUGUCCAGGCUUUGACGUCUGAGUAUGAGAUCUUUCGGGGAGCGCUUGCUAAGAUUUUCAUUGAGCGUGUGCGGGGCCGGGUGAAGCUCGUGUUUGAUGAGACGGUAUCGUCUUUUGAACCGAGCGCAGAUGGUGUGGCUGUGACGUUCACGAGGAGCAAGCAGGCCGAGACUUACGACCUCCUCGUAGCUGCAGACGGCUACAAUUCGCACAUCCGCGGCCUGAUGCUCGGCACUCCCCCAAGCGCGCAAGUUCACGAAGAGAACGCGUACGUAGCGUACUUCACCACCAAAGAUGACCUCCUGGGCGGCUCCGACGUGGCGACAGGCAUCAGCACCACCCUCGGCCGCGCCAUGUAUCUCCGCCCAACGGCAGCCUCGACUUCAGGAACCAGUGUUCUGCUCAUGAAAGUCAACGCCAAAAGCGACACCGCCGCCCGAGACAAGCUGAGCACCGCUGUACGCGAAGGCAACGAAAGCUACAAGCAACUCAUGGAAGAAAUGUUCGCGGAUAUUGGGUGGCGGGCACCCGAAGUGCUGCGCGAAAUGCGCCAAAGCGACGACUUCUACUGCUCCGUGUUCGCGCAAGUCCGUUCGCCCUCGAUACAAUCCGGCCGCGUCGUGCUUUUAGGCGACGCAGGAUAUCUAGCCUUGGGCUACGGCACAAGUCUCGCAAUUAUAGGCGGCUACGUGCUCGCCGGCGAAUUAGCAAAACAAGCCCUCUCAUCAACAGCCGGAGAAGCCUCAUCAACGCAGAAAGAGAAGAUCUCAGCAGCGCUGAAAGCGUACGAAGACCUCGUGCUUCCCUUUGCCAAAACGCAACAGGGAACGUCGGGGCUCAUGCAGCUCGUCACUCCGCAGACGCGGCUUGGGGUCGGCGUUCGCAAUGCGCUUUUUGGCCUCGUGUCGACGCUCAAGCUUGAUCGGAUGGGCAUGGCUAUUUCGGCCAAGUUAGGGUUCACGGAGAAGAAACUUGCCAUGCCUGAGUAUCCUUGGGUGGAGUGAGGGCAGAGGGCUGUUGGAGUAUUAGCGGCGCAGUGCAGUGACGAUGAGGUGGGAAGUGCUGGGAGGUGUUGAAGCGGGAGACGAGGCUUAAACCAGGGGAAAAAGGAAGGUCGCGAUAAAGCCUCUUGCCUACAAAAAUCUUGCGAAAUCCCCCCUCAAAAAGCUAUAUACAUGUAGCUAGUAAUGAUCAUUCAAACGAGGCAAAAAGGAAGCAGCACCUCUCAUGAGACUCGAAUACGGGGCCCGCCGAAAAAAGACGAAAAAACAAACUCCUUUUCAGGAGAGAAAGCAAGGCGAGAAUCGUAGGACCCCAACAGGUUUGCGUUUUUCGGCCUCUGACCAACAGAUCAAUCGAUACUG